CCAUUCGCGUCAAAAGACGGCGAUUCGCCGUCCGGUGGAGAAAGGGCCGAAGUAGCAAAAGACGGCGAAACGCCGUCCUACUGAAAACCGCUAGUUAGCGCAAUAAAUAAGAGAUGGCGCCACAUGAAAGUGUUUCCUGGUUUUUGUUUACUACUUUUUACACCAGGUAGAGAUAGUUGUCUGCAAGAUUCUCAAAUAUUUACAAGGAGAAAAGCAUUCUCCAAGCCCGCGUUUCUGAAUCGAACAUGGCGACGCGGCGAGGCAAGCCUCUCACGCAGGCAGAGAUUGAAUCGGUUUUAUUUGCGAGUGAUGAUGACAGCGACGACACUGUAGUUGUAGAUGACCUGCAAAGCAGCGAUUCUGAAAGUGACUCGUCCGACGAGGAUGUAGGCUCUGACGCCGAGUCAAACUCAUCAGAUGUGGAUUGCGCACCGCCUGCAAAAGCACCGAAGUUAGAAGACUGGAAGUGGAAUCCGACUGACAGCGACAAGAAAGUGGAAAAGUGUUUGUUCAGUGGGAAUUCAGGAAUGAAGAGAACUGUUCAGUUAGCCCUCUCUGCAAAUCCGACAGCUUUGACGUCGUUCAACUGCUUGAUCGGCGAAGACUUCUGGCAGAUGAUCGCUGAUGAAACGAACGCAUUUGCUGUUCUGAAACAGGCUUCAGCGCCCGAUCGGUCUUGGUUUCCCACAACACCAGGUGAGAUGAAGGUUUUCUUCGCCGUAUGUGUGCUUAUGGGCCAAGUCAAGAAAAACACGAUUCAGUCAUAUUGGGCGCACAGAUCGGUAAUUAGCACACCGUUCUUCCCGUCCCUGAUGCCAAGGCAGCGUUAUCAAGCCCUUUGUAAAUACCUGCAUUUCUCGGACAGUAGCGGCCAAGCACAAGGGGAUAGGCUGUGGAAGCUGCGCUCAGUGUUAGAGUAUGUCUUGGAAUCUUUCUCCAGUUCCUACUAUCCAGAAGAGCAGUUGGCAGUGGAUGAGAGUCUCAUGAAGUUUCGAGGCAGACUCUGCUUUGUGCAGUUCAACCCGUCGAAGAGAGCACGCUUCGGCAUAAAAUUUUAUAAGAUCUGCGAAUCUACCAGUGGAUACUGCCUCAAAUUUGCAAUAUACACCGGAAAGAGCGACAAGUCGCCUGCGACGGCCGGAAUGUUGUGCAGCGAGGCCGUUGUUAUUGAACUUGCAAGCGAGUACCUACCAAAUGGCCAUACCAUUUUUGUGGACAAUUGGUAUAGUUCUCCGUCCCUGUUUCUACGUGUCAAAGAUUCAGGAUCCAAUGCUGUUGGUACAGCGAGAUUGCACCGAAAAAACAUGCCGAAAGAUUUCAAGAAAUUGAACUUGCAACGGGGUGAGUGCUCUACUGUGUUUUCCCAUGGCAUCAUGGCUUCAAAAUGGCAGGACAAAAAACCAGUGACAAUGCUUUCCACUGUCCACGCUGCUGCAGACUUCACUGACUCGUGCAAAAAAACAAGAGAUGGUCAACCGAUCCGGAAACCUCGUGUUGUGCUUGACUAUAAUAAAGGCAUGGGAGGCGUCGACCGUCAUGAUCAGCAGCUGGCGUCCUUCCCUAUAAUGCGCAGAUACGCCAAAGGAUACAGAAAAAUUUUUUUUUAUGUUAUGGAUUUGGCUGUUUACAACAGCUAUAUCUUGUUCCAAAAAGCAACCGGGAAAAAAAUGUCCUACGCGGAUUGGAAGCUGGACCUUGUCGAACAGAUCGUCGAAGAGACUGUUUUGCCAGGAUAUCAACGCAGAGGGAAACCAGCUGUGGCUUCAUCACCGAUGCGGCUAGAAGCUUCUGAAUGGGCGCAUUUUCCUCGCCAGAUACUCCCCAAUGCUGUGAAAGAAAAUCCGUCUCGAAGAUGUGUGGUCUGCAAAGCACAGGGGAAGAGAAAUGAAAGCCGUUGGGAGUGUGAAAAAUGUAACGUCGCACUUCACAUGCCAGAGUGUUUUAAGAUGUAUCAUACGCGAAAGAAUUUCUAAUUCCGAAAAUGUGUGCAUGCUUUGAGAGCAAAAUAAAACCAUUUUUUUUACGC